AUGGUUAAGUCAUGCGAUGCAUCACUAUUGUUGGAUACAGCGAAUGGUAUGGAGUCGGAGAAGACAUCACAAAGAAGCUUUGGUCUGAGAAAUUUUGAGUCCUUAGGCACAAUCAAAGAAGCCCUUGAAAGGGAAUGCCCUAUGACAGUUUCUUGUGCUGAUAUUGUUGCUCUUUCUGCAAGAGAAGGUGUUGCCUUGUUAGGAGGGCCACAUAUUGAAAUGAAGACUGGUCGAAAGGAUAGCUUGGAAAGCUAUGCAACACAAGUUGAAAACUACAUCCCUAACCACAAUGACUCCAUGUCAUUAGUUCUUUCUCGGUUUCAAUCCCUAGGCAUUGGUGUUGAAGGAACAGUUGCUCUUUUAGGCGCUCACUCGGUCGGGCGGGUUCACUGUGUGAACCUUGUAAAUAGACUCUACCCCACUGUUGAUCCUACCUUGGAUCCUGAGCAUGCUGAGUACCUCAAAUGUCGAUGCCCGACACCAGAAGCGCAUCCAAAGAAAGUGGAGUAUGUAAGGAACGAUCUUGAGACGCCAAUGGUGCUUGAUAACUUGUACUACAAGCAUCUUCUGAGCCACAAAGGACUACUAUUAGUUGAUGCACUGCUAGUUUCUGAUCCUUCUACCUCUCCUUUUGUUGAGAAGAUGGCUGCUGAUAAUGGCUACUUUCAUGACCAAUUCUCUACAUCUCUGCUAAUGUUAUCGGAGAAUAAUCCGCUUAUCGGAGACCAAGGGGAGAUAAGAAGGAAUUGUCGUCACGUGAACAGAGAUUAG